AUGGUCAAAGAAAGAAUGAUCAGUCUCAUUGUCUUCCUGGCAGCAACAUCACUUGCCCUUCCAUUCCCGUUCAACUUUGAUUCUUUGUUACCUGCAGAACGAUUGAUAUCCCCACGUCAAGUGGGCCAAGGCGUCAACGGAAACCAGACCGGCAAUUCCGGCUCUGUUAGCUCAGGUGGGACGGGCGAUGGUAACGGCGUAGGUUUUGCGGGUAUAGGCAACGACAUAGAUACAGGCGACGACUUCGAUAUCGGUGACGGGAACAAUACGAUCGGCGAUGGGAACACCAUUGAAAUCGGAGAUAGAAUUACGGAGGUGACAAACAUCAACGUCGGCUCUGGGAACUUCUCCGGCGUUAAUGUCGGGCAAGGGGUUGGGGGAACCAAUGGGACGAACAAGACCGCCGACAUGAGCAUUAACAUAAAUCUACGGGUGAUGGUCGAAGAUGGUCGCGUGAGCAUCGGGGUCGUGUAA